AUGUCAGGCUACAUGUGGCUGUUGAUACUGGGCUUUAUCAUUGCGUUUGUGCUGGCGUUUUCGGUUGGAGCCAAUGAUGUGGCCAACUCCUUUGGAACAGCCGUGGGCUCCGGUGUGGUCACCCUGAGACAAGCCUGCAUUCUGGCCACUAUAUUUGAGACUGUGGGCUCAGUGCUGCUGGGGGCCAAGGUCAGCGAGACCAUUCGAAAGGGCAUUAUAGAUGUCCAAAUGUACAACGGCUCUGAACAUGUGCUGAUGGCAGGAUCUAUCAGUGCAAUGUUUGGAUCAGCCGUGUGGCAGCUGACCGCAUCUUUCCUGAAGCUUCCCAUCUCUGGAACACACUGCAUUGUUGGAGCCACAAUCGGAUUCUCCAUGGUGGCUAGAGGUCACCAAGGGGUUAGAUGGAUGGAGUUGCUCCGCAUUGUGGCCUCUUGGUUCCUGUCACCUAUGCUUUCAGGGAUUAUGUCAGCCAUACUCUUCUAUUUUGUUCGUAAAUUUAUUCUGAAUAAAGAGGAUCCUGUUCCCAAUGGCCUCCGAGCUCUGCCUAUCUUCUAUGCUAUCACUAUGGGUGUCAACCUCUUCUCCAUCAUGUUUACAGGCGCACCACUGCUGGGGUUUGACAAAGUGCCGUGGUGGGGGACCCCCUGUAUUUCUCUGGGCUGUGCCAUUGUUACUGCUCUUAUAGUGUGGUUUGUGGUGUGUCCUCGGCUCAAGAAGAAAAUUAGACGAGAAAUGGCUGCUGCUCCCUGUGAGACACCGCUGAUGGAGAAAAGUAUCAAUAAACCAGUGGAAGCAGAGCGUCCUUCAGAUCCCAAACCGCCAGCAGCCGAGAGCGAGAAAGUGGCCUUCAAACUAGGCGGCUCCGAUGAGACCGAUCUGGACCAUAGUGACGCAGACAAUAAAGACUCUGAUAUCAGCAAUGGUCUGAAUGGCUCCUUUGGCCCCAUGAUGCUGACGGACCCUCACAGCGGCCGCUCUCACACCAUCCACAAAGACUCUGGUCUGUACAAAGACCUGCUCCACAAGCUGCACAAGGCCAAGGUGGGAGAGUGCAUCGGAGACAGCGACACCGAGGAGAGGCCCAUCCGCAGGAACAACAGUUACACCUCCUACACUAUGGCCCUAUACGGCAUCCAAGGGGACCCCAGGAGCAAGGAUGUGGUGGACGGGAGCCUACAGAGGAGAUCCAGGGUGGACAGUUACAGCAGCUACACCUCCUCAGUGACUACAACCAGCGUCGCUCCGGAUGUGGCGGUAGACGCGGGGAAAGAGCCUGCAGAGGAGGACGACGAGCUGGAGAAAGACCAACCCGCUGUUUCAAUGCUUUUCCAGUUUCUGCAAGUACUAACUGCUUGCUUUGGGUCCUUUGCUCACGGAGGGAAUGAUGUCAGUAAUGCAAUCGGCCCCCUGGUGGCUCUGUGGCUCGUCUAUGAGAGUGGUUCUGUGGAGUCCAAUGCUCCCACUCCCAUUUGGCUGCUGCUGUAUGGGGCAGUGGGAAUCAGCACUGGACUGUGGGUUUGGGGCCGGCGAGUGAUUCAAACUUUGGGAAAGGACUUGACCCCAAUCACACCUUCAAGUGGUUUCAGUAUUGAACUUGCUUCAGCUUUAACGGUUGUUUUGGCAUCCAAUAUUGGUCUUCCUGUAAGCACUACCCAUUGCAAGGUGGGAUCCGUGGUGGCUGUAGGGUGGCUGCGCUCCAGGAACGGACCAGGCAGCAGCAGCAGCAACACAUACACGGGAAUGAAAGAGAAAACGGCUUUUCGGCUCCAACAUCGGCUCUCUCCAGCCUCAAGAGUCCCUGAGCUUGAAAAUACUGUGUUUACCUGGCAGAUGUGUGCGACCACCGCUGCAGCCUACAGGUCCUGUCUAGGUCCUGCAGAUCUAGUCUAA